AUGCUGAGCCAAUCUGACGUGUCUGUCUUGGAGCAGCACAAGGAAAACAUCCAGCCGUUGCUGCGAGGAAGACCUGCUUCCAAACUAGCAGCUUCCUUCAAACGUUCCAACCUGUCGCUUCUACUGUUCAAAGAACAACUCAAACGCGAGCGAACCAACCUAGAAGUGAACAUCAGCCAGGCCGACGAACUCGACGAUCCCCUCCAGCCUUUUGUAGAAUAUAUUGCAUGGACUCACAAUAACUUCCCCCAGGGAUCGAACUCUGAAAGUGGGCUCUUGACCCUAUUGGAAAAAUGUACCUCCAUGUUUCGCGAUUUCGACCAGUACAAGAACGAUGCUCGUUAUCUCAACAUCUGGCUCGAGUACACAAGCUACUCCGACUCUCCUCGAGACAUCUUUGUUUAUCUUGCCAAAAAAGGUAUUGGAAACCAACUUGCACUUUACUAUGAAGAAUUUGCCAACUAUCUAGAGGCCAAUGGAAAGAUAGCAGACGCUACAGAAAUCUACGAGAUGGGCAUCAAUUCUGCGGCCAGACCCUUGGCUCGACUUCAGCGAUCGUUUGAUAACUUAAAGAAGCGUUGCAAUAUCCCUCAACCCCAUUCCUACGUUUCACCGUUGAGGGAUGUACUAGCAUUGAAGCAUGGCCCAUCUUCAGCUGGACCACUAGGAACAGAAACUUCUAACCCACGUAAAAAGCAGAAACUUGAAGUGUUCAGAGAAGUGCCGAACCAGCAGCCUUCUGUAUUGGAGUCUAUCUUUAAGGACGACAACGAUGUACAAGAGUUGGGAACUAUACGAUCCCGAAUAAAGGAAAAUGUACUUCAAUCCAAGCCAUGGGCAGGAGAAGUUAUGAGACAAAAGUUAAUAAGCGAAAGCUCUGAGUCAGCUAAUCGAAUACAAGUAUACAGAGAUGUACAUGAUACAAACACAGCAUCCGAGCCUCUAGCUCAAUCUUUACAGGUUGCUGAAGAAGACGAAAGAGGAUUGGUAUAUACGCUUAUCAAAAACCCAGGAAAAAGACCAGAAAAGGUAAUGUUCAAUAUGGAAUUAUUGACAUACGAAGAUGAGGAAAUGUCGGUUACGGAAAUGCUUGCGAGAAGUAGACGAUAUAUCAGCCGUAGAACAGAAGUAGCACAAACUCACGAAGAUACGACGUCGUCUCACCAAUCUACACCUUCCAAGAUCAACAAGCCUUUGGAAGAUAAUCAGACAUUCAGUAUUCCAUUGAACGACGUCUCGUUACCCCUAAAUAGCAGAUCACGGUCUCCAACUAUCACCAUGUUUUCCCGAAUGGCAAAUCACGAAGUAAUGGGUAUGUUCAACGAUGCUGCCCAGAUGUUGAAUUCAGACGAUGAACUCGAAAACCCCGAGGGAGAAAACACAACUACAACUAACUAUGAAGGAUUUGUAACAGAAACAAUCCAGAUGAAUCAGCUUGUAGAACCGAUGAAUAUGAAAAAGAUAGAAGCAGUAGCUACCCCACCAACAGACAGAGAAGAUAACGAUAUCCAGAGCUCUCCAUUUAUCGAGAAGCCAUCUUUAGGAAUCAUAAACGCUGAACCCAUAAACCCAGUAGAUUCAGCAAUAAGGACUAAGCUACUUCAAGAGUUAUCAAUUCCCUUAUCAGUUUAUCCCGGAUAUCAUGAAGACCCAGAUAAGACAAUCCAAAGACUCGCUAGUUUCCGUGACAUUACCAAUGAUAAUACAAAGACCAUAUCAAGAGGCUCACUGAGCUCAAUAAUCGACUACUUGGGGGAAGAAAUUUACUGCUUGAGGCAUGAACUUGGUCAAGGUGGAUUCGGAUUCGUUUACUUGAUCGAAUCUGGAACCUCGGGCUCUUUUAAAGCUUUGAAAAUAGAAUCCCCUUCCUCAAAGUGGGAAUAUUAUAUACUCAAUCAAAUUCACCGAAGAUUGCUUGGGAGGGAUCGGGAAACGAACGCGUUGAUUAUUCACCCAGAGGCAUUCUUCUAUUUCAAAGACGAAAGCUACUUGAUUAUGGACUAUUGCACACAAGGAACUAUUCUUGACAUUGUGAACCUUUUCAAGAAUACAGAGAACUCGACCAUAGAUGAGGUGCUAUGCAUAUUCCUAACCGUAGAGCUAUUGAAAUCAAUUGAAAUGUUGCACAGCAUUGGUAUAUUACAUGGUGAUCUUAAGGCCGAUAAUUGUAUGAUUAGAUUCCAACCAGUAGAUCACAACGAAUGGUCUGAGGCAUAUAGUAGAUACGGCCACAACGGCUGGUCUAACAAGAGUAUUACGUUGAUUGAUUUUGGCAGGGCCAUUGACUUGACCUUAUUUGAUGAAGAAGUACAAUUCAAAUGUGACUGGGAAACAGACCAGCAAGAUUGUCCGCAAAUGAAUGAAAACAAGCCCUGGAGUUUUGAAGCUGACUACUAUGGACUUGCGACAAUUAUUCACGUUAUGUUGUUUGGAUCGUAUAUCAAGAUCUGCAAGCAUAAUGAGAAACAAAUAAGACUAGAGGGUCAAUUGAGAAGGUACUGGCAGAAGGAAUUGUGGACACCAUUGUUCGAUUUGUUACUUAAUCCUUAUGAGUCCGAGGUUACCGAGAAGAGACCCUUGUUGAAAGAGUUGAGGUCCCAGAGGGGAAAGCUAGAACAGUGGUUAGAAGAAAAUGCAAAGAGCAAGAACUUGAAGAACAUCAUUCUCAGCAGCGAGAACGACCUUAACUUGCUUCACAAGAAACGUACAAUCUAA